AUGGAUACCAAUGGGGAAGACCAAGAAAUGUGGGCCCAGCUGAUGGCCCCUCCAGCAGCUCAGCUGAUAGAAGCACAGAGAAGAGCAGAAAGGUUUGCUGAAGAAAAACAGGUACAUAAAAGCUGCAAGGAGUUGGUGCAAUGCACAGUCCUCACUAGAAUUAUCUAUGGAAACCAACAUUGGAGGCUAGCAGAAGCUCUUGCCAAUCUCGCUCACGGCUACCUUACCUUACAAAGUCUUCCGUGUCAAGCUAUGCACCAUGCAAAUUCAGCGAAAUAUAUCCUCUUUUCCCUAAGGGGUGAUACUCCUCCGGCAUCCUCAGAGGAGAAAGGAACUAUUUGGAGCACCCUUGUGACAAUCUACUACACCUUGGGCAUGGCAAAUCUGAUGCAGAAAGAUGCCAAAGAAUGUUACUGCAACCUGCAGAAGGCUAAAAAAUGCCUGGAAGAACUGCAAGGGUUAGAUUGGAAAGGAGCUGGCAAACCUAAAGUGCACCAAGACAUCAUUGUGGCACUUGGCAGGGCAAGUCUGCAGAAAAACGAAUUAGAUUUGGCAUCCAAGUAUUUUGAGAAGGCCGUUGAUGAUCUCGUUUCAGCCGAAGGAGAUGCGGCUCCAGAACUGAUACCUCUUUAUCAAGAAAUAGCCAAAAUCAAACGAAUGAAAAAAAUGUAUGAAAAAAAUAUUGGGAAACUUCCACUGGCUCAUUCUGUGUCAUUAGCUCUCUACCAGAAAUCCAGCACUGAAGUUGGAUCCGCAGCAUUAUUCCUGGGAAAGGCUUAUGCUGCUACAGGAGAAGAGAAUCACACUGAGGCUGCUGAAAGGUAUUUCAACGAGAGCUUGGCAGCCUACAAUGAAGCAUUAGGAAUGGACCAUCCUCAGACAAUCAGGGCCCUCAAAGUUUUCAGCAAGUGGCUUGGACUUGCUGGAAAAAGAAAGCAAGCCUAUGAAUUACUCAAAGGGUCCUUUAAAACUCAACAAAAUCCCUGCAAUGAUUUUAAUAAGCAGGCCGUUGAACGAUUAUAUCUCAUGGGCUGCAUUUGCCUAGCAGAGGAGAAAAUAGGGGAGGCCUAUCAACUGCUCAGUAAGUGUGUGCAGAUUCAGAGUGUUAUUUAUGGGUCCCACCACAAGAAAACCAAAAAGAUACAAGAGCUAGAUAUGAUGAAUAGGCUUCCAACUGAACAGAAAUCGACCAAGUGUCUAAAGCAGGAUAAAAAGGCAACAUUAAUUUUCUCCAUUCCAGAUCUUUAG